AUGUAUCUUAGCAUCUCACGAUUUCAAACUAGUGUUUCUGACAAUUGGAAAAUGAAAUAUGAGCCCAUCGUUAUUUUCGGAGUUGGUGGUGAGAAAGGUGGCAUUUCGAUAGUUACCUCAGUGACUAUGGAAAGAUACAGAAUGAAGAACGUGGUAUAUGAUGCAGUAGAUUUAAGUACAAAACUGAAAUCUCUUCUUGGAUUUCCAUUAUGA